AUGAACUUCACACUAAGACAAUCAGCUAAGAUAAUACUUAGAAAAGUAACUAUAUUAUUCCUAAUAUUAAUACUACUAGUAGCAACUAUUACUGUCAUAGAAUCAAAACAAAAUGACACUUUAUAUGAAGCAGGAUCUCAUAUACUUGACUCAAUAAGUCAUAUAUCCUUCGAGGCACCAAGGGAAGAGACUAACCCACAACAACAACAACAACAACAACAAGAACAACCAGAACACGAACACGAAGAACAUAAAGAAGAGGCUGAAUUAGACCCAUGUACUGUCAUCCACCCAGUAAGUAAAGGAUUCAUUGACCUUCGUGGUCUUUCCUCUAUAUCAAAUGAAGGAAAACCAUUACCUUGGGCCAGUCGAGGUUAUGACAGUGGUAAUAACUACACAAUAGGAAUCUGUUCUAAUCCAUUCAAGAAAUCACAUGAUGGUCAUAAUAAUGAAAUUAAAGAUGGUGUAGAAGCAAAUAAAAUAGGUGCAUUCUAUAUCGAUAAUGAAACUAAUAAAUAUGUUUCAAUGGGAGAAUUCUCAACUACUCCGAAAUUUAGAGGCAGGAAAUUAACAUUAACUUAUGAAAAUGGAGCUUAUUGUAAUGCAUUGGAUUCAAAAUCAGGUCAAAGAUUAAGAAAAUCAACUAUUUUGACAUUUACUUGUGAUCGAGAAAUGAUGGCAAAAGCACAAGUGUCAUUUGUUGGAUCAUCUAAUGAUUGUUCUUAUUUCUUUGAAGUUAGAUCUCAUCAUGCUUGUCCUACUGCUGGGAAAGAAAAUACAACUGGUGCAGUAUGGAUAUUCUUAUUAAUUGUCCUUGCAGCAAUUAUGGUUUACUUCUCAGGUGGUUUCUUAUAUAAACAAAUGAAGAAAAUAAAAUCAAAUCCCACCAAAGGGAAGCAUUGA